CAGCCAGUGUGGGUGGAAUAGAUUCUCACUGUUUUCGGGGACGAUAUAUUAUUAUUUGGACAAUUUCGGACUUGAAAAUCUUGAUUGAUAUACAAUUUUACCAUGUCUAUAUCAGAUAUGAAGCACAAUUUAAGGAUGCUCGAAUUUCCACAAAGCGCUAAGGAAGCGUUGAUAAGAAUAGAACAGCUGCUGGUAGGCCGGACAGCCCCUUCGAGCAAGCAGUUAGAUAUUGCGAUGGAUAUUAUAUCAGAAUUCGUGUUCUGUGAAGCGGAUCGGCGCGGCAGUCGGCGAGGCGCAGGGCUCAACUCUCUCCAGGAGUUGCAGCUCAUAGACAUCAUCUGCGACUACCUCUCUUCAUGUACCAACGAUACUACGAAGAACACAGUGUUCUUGUCGCUAUUUGGCGGCAUGGAAAGUCCGAAAAGACUGAAAAUAUUGAGUAUUCUAGCCAGUAUGGCUGUAUCGGCCUCAAGCACGCCAGUACUGUUAGCAGUAGGAGUAUGGCUUCAACAGAUGGGCUGUUCAUCAUCCCAGUCUUUACAAUUAGUGGAGAACAUAAUCAGGGACCACUUCUUCCUCAACACAUCCAAUCAGAAUACUCUGAAGUCCAUUGCCAAUUCUGCACCACAAUUUGUGUCCAACUUCAUCACAGCAGUGACGGAGCUGUACAUGCAUGAUGUGCAGGAGAACACUAAAGUGCCACCGAAAAAUCUCUUGGAGGUUAUCACUUCUUGGGUGUACUCCAACCCAGCUCUGUGCAUGUCGGCGCAGCUAAACCCGGCGGCGUUGCCCAUAGGAGCCAUUCCGAUGGCAGCAGUCACGCCUCUCGCCGGACUCAUACGCUGGUGUGCGCUUGCGCCACUCUGUAUUGAUGAGGACACAGAAAUGGUAGAAGUAAUAAUACCAAUGAAGAAAAUCAAGAUCGAAGGCAUCAAGGAUCCAGUGAAGGCUGGGUCAAACAAGACUUUGUCUGAGUCAGAGUUGUAUGUGAAGCUGCAAUUGGGGGUCCUCCACGCGUUGAGGGCGGGUCGGCGCGCCGGGGGGCCUCCCACCGCUGUUAACGCUCAGCAGCUGGCUCUGCUCGUGCCCAUCGUGCAGGCACACGCCAACCAGAUGUUGCAGAGAGGCGGCAAUCCUACUACUGACGUUAAGUUACAGGACUGCCUAGACAAAAUAGGUCAAUCCGUGCAAGUGGCUCUAGCAAAUGGCUGUGUGUAUGGGAACAUCAGCAACCUAUUAGCAGCUCUCGACACGCUGCCAGAGAAUCGUCUGCUCCGGAUCAUCAUCAAGACUCACCAGCAGACCAUUUGACAACUGCUGUGAUGUUAAGUGUGGUUACAUAGUCAUGCCCCGCUGAUCGCGUCCAUCUGAUUACGAACCACACUGGUUCGUAACCGCGCAACUUUGUAACAGGACCGCGCCGAUAAUAAACUUGUUCAACAGUGACUAUCUUACAGUAAGUGUGGGAUUUGUUAUCAUCAGUUGAGGAGACUGUUGUAUAUGUAAAAUAAUAAUUUUCCAUCAUUAUACUGACCAAUAAGUGACAAGAGUUAAAUAUUCCAAGUCCAAUUUUACCAGUAUUGUCCCACUGCUGGGCCAAGGUUAAUCCUUCAUCCUACCACCAUUUACAGAUAAUCACGCUAUCUUUUUCAGGUUGUACCUUACUUUUAUAUCCAUUCUGAGGUAUCAUUUUAAAUGGACUUCUUUAGCUAUUCUUAAAUAGAAUUAAACUUCAACCAAAUGAUCUCUGUACCAGGGUUUAUACUGGUAUGGAUAUAAGUAUAUAUUUUUUCUGUAUUGAAGAACCUUUUGGAUAAAAUACUAAUUCUUUCUACAGAAAAAAAAUAUUUGUAGAAAUGGGAAAUAUGAGUAGAGAAAUUUGUCCAAUAUAGAAUUUCUGUAUACAUAUUUUUACUAUUAAUAUACUUACAGAAAUGCCUGUCCCUACUCUGAACAGAAUACUGCAUUACCAUUAUAAUAAUUUUGUAAAUAAUAGGUUAGAGUAUGUUAUUGUAAUAAAAAUUCUGUGAUAAAUUAAA